CGUCAAUUAGAGGUGGUCUGUGCUUUUCACCCCUGUAGUCCUCCGGAGACUGAGAGCCUUCCAUGAGCCCUCCACUGCUGGUUAACCUCGGGCCGCAGCAAACCGUCGUGACGAUUACUCGUAGCAGCAGUUGACAACAUUUCUUCGUUUUUCAAUUCCUUUCGCUUUGGCCGGGCUGCGUGAACAGCAAACAAGUCAAUCGCACCCUCAAAAUGCUAGCCACUGCACGCCGGGUAGUCUUCGGACAUACCCGUCGAGGGUUUGCAAGCCCCUCUGCCCUUCAGCGCCUGUUGUCGUCGCUUGCGAUCUUGGAACAGAGAGAAGGGAAGCUCAACCUUGGGUCUCUAAGCACAAUUACGGCGGCAAAGAAGCUGGGGGGCCCGGUUCAUGCCUUCGUUGCCGGAAGCAACGCAAAGUCGGUUGCUGAAGAGGCUGCCAAGGUCGAGGGAGUCGAGAAGAUCGUUGUGGUGCAAAAUGCCGCGUAUGAGAAGGGACUCGCCGAGAAUUUCGCUCCAUUACUAGCGGAGAACAUUAAGAAAGGAGGGUAUACUCAUAUCAUUGCUGGCCACACUGCCUUUGGCAAGAACAUCCUGCCUAGGUUGGCUGCAAUGCUGGACUCGCAGCAAAUAUCGGACGUCAUAGCGAUCGAGGGCGAGAACACGUUCGUUAGACCGAUAUAUGCCGGAAAUGCGAUCGCUACUGUCGAAUCGUCCGAUCCGAUCAAGAUCAUUACCAUCCGCGGAACUGCUUUCCCGGCGGCGGAGGUUGCGGGAGGCUCUGCUGCCGUGGAAGACGGCGCAGAUCCCAAGGCGGAGAGCCCUACCGAGUGGGUUUCCGAAGAUCUUACCAAGUCGGACCGUCCUGAUCUGGCCACGGCGGGCAGGGUGGUUUCGGGCGGCAGGGGCCUGAAGUCCAAGGCGGAAUUCGACCGGGUUAUGUUGCCCCUUGCGGAUUCUAUUGGCGCUGCCGUCGGCGCCUCCCGGGCAGCUGUAGACGACGGUUUCGCAGAUAACAGUCUGCAGGUUGGGCAGACCGGGAAAGUGGUCGCCCCGCAGCUAUACAUGGCGGUCGGAAUCUCUGGGGCAAUCCAGCAUCUCGCGGGAAUGAAGGACAGCAAAGUUAUUGCGGCUAUUAACAAGGACGGGGAUGCGCCAAUCUUCCAGGUUGCAGAUGUGGGCUUGGUGGGAGACCUCUUUGAGAAGGUUCCCGAGCUGACGGAGAAGCUGAAAAGCUCAUGAGAAAAUAGAGUUGUUUAUGGUUGUAGAUUUUAUGAUGAUAUUACAUGUCUGGUCGACGUCUGUUUCGAGGCUGUCUUCAGCCAGCUACUGCCAACAUUUCCGCUGUACUGGUGA